AUGACACCAGAGACACCGCUUCCACCCCGAGACCUGACACCUCCGCCUCGGCUCAUGUCGCUGACAAGGCUGCAGAAGAGGAGCGCAAGAAGCUCGAGCGUCAGGCAAAGGUCCGUGGCCCAGGACGAACCUCAAAAGGGCUUUGCUGGAGGCAAGUUUGAUCCCAAGGCCAUCGCAAAGAAGGCUGCCGCUGCCACGGCCAAGCUUUCGGCGCUUGGGAGUGAUGUUUCUAUACCUGGGAAGUCCAAGAACGCCGCUCCUGCGGCUCCUCUUACUGCCAACAAAGCGGCUGACUUUAGCAAGAAACCUCUCACCACCCAACCCAAGACAACCACAGCCACUACAUCUGCCGCUCUCAAGAAGGGCUUUGGCCUUACCGCAUCUUCGACCGAAGAAAAGUCGACUCCCCAACCGGCACCCGCCAUCGACAUGGACGACGAACAAGUCGAACGUCGCAAGUUAGAGAAGCUUCCUACACCCGAUCUUGAAGAUGCUGGGGAUGCUGCGCUUGCUAACCCGAAUGAUAUUCAUGAUGACGAUGGCGAUGUCGACAUCGCUGAUGCAGGAUCCGAUCAAGAAAUCGACUCUGCUGCACGUCUCGCCGCAGAGAGACGUGCUGCCCAAGCCGCCGAGGCUUCUGUAGAUGACGACGACGCUAUGGAGGGCAUUCAAACUGCCCAACCCUCUAAUGCGGCUGAAGAAGAUGACAUCGACCCGCUUGAUGCUUUCAUGAACGGUCUAGCCGAGGAAGCUCCUAUGCCUACUCGCAAGUUUACCAAGACCAAGAUUCGUGAAGCCGAAGAUGUCUUUGGUGACCAAGACGCUGCAGAUUUGGAUGCAAUGGGAGAAGAUGCUGAUGACAUUCUUGCCCAGGUGGCCCAGAAGAAAAAGAAGAAGGAAAUUCCCAAUCUCGACCACUCAAAGAUCGAAUACGAGCCAUUCCGCAAGGCCUUCUACACCGAACCUCUGGAGAUUGGUCAGAUGACUGACGAGGAAGUCAGAGACUUGCGCUUCAGACUCGACGAUAUCAAAGUCCAGGGUUCAAAGGUUCCUCGUCCCGCACUCAAAUUCGCCCAAUUCGGUCUAGGCACCCAAGUUCUGGACGUCAUUCGUGAUCUCGGAUUCGAGAUGCCUACUCCCAUUCAAUCUCAGACAACACCUGCCAUCAUGUCCGGACGCGAUGUCAUUGGUGUGGCUAAGACGGGUUCAGGCAAAACCGUAGCCUUUUUGCUACCCAUGUUCCGUCACAUCAAGGAUCAACGUCCGCUCGAAAACAUGGAAGGUCCCAUUGGGUUGGUUAUGGCUCCGACCCGUGAACUUGCAGUUCAAAUCCAUCGUGAGUGCAAACCGUAUCUCAAAGUCUUGGGUCUUCGCGCCGCUUGCUGUUAUGGCGGUGCACCCAUCAAGGACCAAAUCGCAGAGCUCAAGAAGGGCGCCGAGAUUAUCGUCGCAACUCCUGGCCGUCUUGUCGAUUUGCUUUCUGCCAACUCUGGGAGGGUCACCAACCUCCGUCGUGUCACCUAUGUCGUGCUUGAUGAAGCUGAUCGCAUGUUUGACAUGGGUUUCGAACCCCAGGUUGUGAAAGUCCUUAGCAAUAUUCGCCCCGACCGUCAGACUGUCCUCUUCUCAGCCACAUUACCCCGUACUAUGGAAGCGCUUAUUCGCAAAGUUACCCAGAAGGCGGUCCAGAUCACGGUUGGUGGUCGCAGCACAGUCGCUGACACCAUUACUCAAAAGAUUGAAGUGCGCCCCGACAGCACCAAAGAGUAUCGUACACUUGAGGCCCUAGGUGAACUUUUCGAGAAUGAUGCGGACGCUCGUGCUUUGAUCUUUGUUGAGCGUCAAGAAUUCGCGGACAAGCUGAUGAUCCAACUUCAACAGAAAGGAUACCCGACCGUCUCGAUUCAUGGUGGAAGAGAACAAAUCGAUCGCGACGCUGCAAUCUCAGACUUCAAGAGUGGUGGUGCGCCUGUAAUGGUUGCCACAUCGGUUGCCGCUCGUGGUCUUGAUGUCAAGCAGCUCAAGCUAGUCAUCAACUAUGACUCUCCCAAUCAUCUGGAGGAUUACGUGCAUCGAUGUGGACGUACCGGCCGUGCUGGUGAAAAGGGUACAGCCAUCACUUUUGUCACGCCUGAACAAGCCAAAUAUUCAGUGGAUCUGGUAAAGGCUUUGAAAAUGAGUAACCAGCCAGUGCCAGAAGAUCUUCAGAAGAUGUCUACAGAAUUCCUCGAAGCCGUAAAGGCGGGCAAGGAGAAGGGAGCCGGUAUCGGUUUCGGUGGCAGAGGUAUCGAGCGCUUUGACGAACAACGUGCAGCCGAACGCCAGCGCGAACGCAAAGCACAUAAGCUCGAAGGCGAAGACGAAGAAGACGAAGAGGAGGACAAGAAGAAAGCACCCGAGGAGAAGAUCCAUGUGGUCAAGAACACUGGCUCGCCCGCUCCUAUGAAUGCUAACGUCCCUGGUGUUCCGGCUCACAUUGACCUCAAUGCUGACAUCAAGGUUCACAAGACUGAAAUUCCUGCACCUUCUACAAGCAAUCGUCCCCUGGAUCGUGUCGCGGCUGCUGCUGCAAACAUCAAUUCUCGUCUCGGUGCACGCAAUGCGACUCGUCCUGGUGUUCCAAUCGACAACAAAGGACCUGACGCUGGUGCCUACCAUGCGACACUUGAGAUCAACGACUUCCCUCAAAAGGCACGCUGGGCUGUCACGAAUCGUACAAACGUGGCCAAGAUCCUCGAGUCUACUGGAGUCUCGAUCACCUCGAAGGGCAACUUCUAUGCUGCUGGAAAAGACCCAGGUCCUACCGAUGCUCCCAAGCUGUACAUUCUUGUUGAGGGUGACACUGAGCUGCAAGUCACUCAAGCCAUGCGCGACUUGCAGCGUUUGCUCAAGGAAGGAACGAUCGCAGCAGCUGAGAAUGAGUCCCGCGCGCCUACUACUGGUCGUUACACUGUCACCUGA